AUGCCUAUAUCAGAUAAGAUUAAUAUAAAAGGUAAAGUUCAGUGGAUAAGUAUUGAUUUGGUAGAUACAAUGAAAAUGAAACGUUUCCUUCUUGUCUUACUUUGUUCAAUUUUAAGCUGUGAAGGUGCAGUUAUAGUGAAAGAAGUAAGCAAUGCGAACCAGGAACUAAAUGAACGGCCUAUUAUAGGUAUAUUAUCACAAGAGCAGUCCUUCUAUCUUCAUGGAAAAUUUCCCGAGGAGAGUUAUACCAGUUAUAUUGCAGCUUCGUAUGUGAAAGAUGUAGAAAAAGCUGGUGCAAGAGUAGUGCCUAUUUUAAUAGGUAAAGAUAGAAGUUACUACAAGGAACUCAUGAAAAAACUUAAUGGCGUAUUAUUCCCCGGCGGCGCAACGUUUUUCAACCAAUCGAAUGGCUAUGCUGAUGCUGCUCAGCAUAUUUACGAGAUAGCGCAAGAAUUCAAUGAUGCAGGCGAUUACUUCCCUAUUUUUGCGACAUGCUUAGGUUUCCAGCUUAUGAUAAUUCUGGCAUCUGGAAGAGGAACGGUGGAAAACAGGUCGUCAUGUCGUUCAUUCACUAACCUUCCACUUGUCUUUGCUUCAGACUUUCGUAGCAGCAAAAUGUUUAGGGAUGCUCCAGAAGAUAUGAUUCACAUUUUAGCAAAUGAAAAUGUUACUAUAAAUUAUCACCAAUAUUGCAUACUCGACUCCAAUUUAAAAGCCUACAACUUAAUAAAUGAUUGGCGUCCGACAUCUUAUAGUUACGAUGAUAACCAUAUUAAAUUUAUUGCAACAUACGAGCAUAGACGGUAUCCCUUCUACGCAGUGCAAUUUCAUCCAGAAAAGAGUUCGUUCGAGUGGAAAUUGUCAAAGCAUUACGCACAUUCGAUAAACGCUGUAAAAUCCAAUAGGGUGUUUAUGGAUUUCUUCGUGUCCGAGUGUAGGAAAAACACUCACGCAUUUGAAGAUGCGAGCGAGGAGAAUAAAUAUCUUAUUUAUAACUAUCCAGCGGUAUUUACCGGAGUCCUUGGCAGUGCUCACCAUGAAUGCUACUUCUUUGAGCCGAGAGGAAAAGUUUCCAAGUGAUAUGUUGAUUGUGUCAAGCCUAUGAAUAAACGUGGCUUAACAUUUGA